CAGUAUUGUAUUUUGUGUUUCGAUCGUGGUUCAACGGCAUGAAUAAAAUUGUCUAUUGGUAUGCACUCUGAUAGACAGUUUUUUGUUCGAAUCGACGAUAUGGUGUCCCUGACGAACCUAUCAGUACCACCAAUCAUCUACCAUGGGCCCAUGACCAAUCUGGCCCACUAAGAAGAAAUCUCACGGGCCAUGAUCCAACUUUCUCCGUUCGGCGUUUGCCUUUCGCGAAUAUAUGCCGAUUUUUCAUUUAUUGUAUCUAUUUUCCCAGAGGCCAGGGAGAAAAAAGAAGAAUAGAUCACCGGAAGACUAUCCCAAGACAGCCCCCGACUUCUCUAUUCCCAUUCUCAUCGCUCUCUCUCUCUGACAGCCGCCGUUACUCACAGUUUCUCUACCCCCGCCGAUCUGUUCUCUCCUUUCACGGUGAGUUUAGGUCUCCCGCCAUUAUCUCCGUUUACUCGGUCACCAAUUUCUCUUCCUAAUUCCAUUCUACCCGGAUUUUAAUCCCUAGAAAUCCACGACGAUACUGUGUAUCUACCUCUCGAUUUUUGGCCUUCUUUUUUUCCCCCUCAUUGUUUCUGGCUUGGGAAUUUCGAUCUUGCAGAUGGACUGGCAGGGGCAGAAGGUAGCCGAGCAGCUGAUGCAGCUCCUGUUGCUGGCUUCCGCCGUGAUGGCGUUCGUCACCGGUUACAUCAUGGGAUCGUUCCAGACCAUGAUCUUGAUCUACGCCGGCGGGGUUGUUCUCACCGCCUUGAUCGUCGUCCCCAACUGGCCUUGCUUCAAUCGCCACCCUCUCCGCUGGCUGGAUCCCCUCGAAGCCGAGAAGCACCCAAAGCCGCCGCCGCCGCCGCCCGUCGCUUCCAAGAAGAGCAAGGCCAAGAAGUAGGGUUUCUGAAAUUUUCUGCUUCGUACUAGGAUUCUCUGCUAGUGGGGAGUUAUGAAUCGAUGGGUUUAAUAGAGACUAGAACAGAGUAUUUGUCUGGGGGAAUUUGCCGUGAACUUUUCUACAGAUUCCAGCUUUGCAAACACAAAAAAGAAUCACAAGAAUAGCUUUUGAGUAGGUAUGUGCUUUCACAGCUUUCUGAUUUCUGGGUUGUUUGCCUAGGCUAGAUUAAUCAUCUAGGAGGUUGGUUCUUUCAAUUUCUUUUACGAUGAUGGCAAAUUCGAUACGAAAGGAAUUGGUUUUUGAAGUUAGUUUUCAUCAACUCCACUGAUAAUCUGUGGUGAUCUGGUGAUGAAUUCGCUAGGUGAUGGUAUAUAUCAAUUCUACAGCUACGACCAAAUCGGGUUUGGGAUCGAGUUGAGUACGAAUUCGCUACAGAGUGAUUGCAUUUGAUCCGACUCCACUCUACUGUUAAAGCCAGCCUCUUGGAUCAAGAGUGCACAGUUUGCAGGCAGCACGACGGAUUGAUCUUCUAUUGAGAUUGCCUUCUGUGUUUCCUAGGCUCCAGUCUAGGGUCUGCUUGCUUCUUACCCACAUUCCCAAUCUUGAAUCUAAGCAAUAACGUAGGAUAGUUGUA